CUUUCUCUCUCUCUUCCCACUCUGUCUCUCUCUCUCUCUCUCUCUCUCGGGUUUCGCUCCCGGGAGCCUGCCGGUAGCCAGCCCCUCGGAGAGUCGGCUUCGGCGCGCCGCCCCCUCCCUCCGUCCCUCCCACCGCUCGGGUCUCCAGCCAGGCCGGAGAUGAGGCUGCGGCGGCCGCGGCUCGGGCAGCCCCGGCGGUGGCUGCGGUGGGGGCGGCCGGAACCCGGGCGUUGAGACGCGGCGGCGGCGGCGGCGGCGGCGGCGCUGCUCGGCCGCUGCAGCGGGCUUCCCUUCCUCUUUAGCGCUGCCAGGAAGUUUGGCGCCCCGUGCAUGUGUGCGCGUGAGUGUGGGUGUGCGCGGUGAGGCUCCGGGCAGCGCGUCUGCAGGCCAGCUCGGGCUUUGCUUUUUUUUCUUUUUUCUUUUUUUUUUUUUUGCCCGCCUCGCUUCCCGUAAGGCAGCCGCUGCUGCCGCGGAGCUUGCUUGGGCUGUGGCCGGAGGAGGGGGCGCGGCGGCGGCGGCGGCGGCGGCGGCGGGCGGCGGGCGCUCUCCUUUUGUUGUUGUUUCCUCUGCCUGGAGAGCUGAAGGGGGACGCGCCUGGGUGGGGCGGCUCGCAGCCCGGGCCUGCUGGCCCCCGGGGCUCCCGGGCGGCCGGGGUAGCUCGAGGAGAGCGGGCUUCAACAUGAUGGCGGCCGAGGCCGGCGGUGAGGAAGGCGGCCCGGCGACCGCGGGGGCCGGAGGCGGCGCGGCCGCGGGCUCCAGCGCCUACCCGGCGGCGUGCCGGGUCAAGUUACCCGCGGCCCUGCCGCCCGUGGCAGCCGCCCCCUGCCCGGGGCUGGCCGACGCCGACCUGGCUGCGGCCCUGGGUGGCGGAGCCGGAUUGGGGUCCGGGUUCCUGGGGACCGGGCCAGUGGCGGGUGUCCUGGGGGGCGCCGCGCUGAGCGGCGGUGCGGCUGCUGCGGCUGCGGGUGCUGCUGGCGUGGCGGGUGCUGCUGCCGCCGCCGCCGCCGGAGGACCUGCCGGAGACGGUGCUUUCUCCAAGGGGACUCUGUCGUUGCCUGCUGAGACCCUCGGGCCCGGUGGCGGAUUCCCUCCUCUGCCGCCGCCUCCUCAGCUGCCCCCUUUGGGCUCCGGCCUGGGCACGGUGGAUGAAGGUGACUCCCUGGAUGGACCAGAAUACGAGGAGGAAGAGGUGGCCAUACCGCUGACCGCACCUCCAACUAACCAGUGGUAUCAUGGAAAACUCGACAGAACCAUAGCAGAAGAACGUCUCAGGCAGGCAGGGAAAUCUGGAAGCUACCUUAUAAGAGAGAGUGAUCGGAGGCCGGGGUCCUUUGUACUUUCAUUUCUUAGCCAGACAAAUGUUGUUAACCAUUUUAGGAUUAUUGCAAUGUGUGGAGAUUACUACAUUGGUGGAAGGCGUUUUUCUUCACUCUCAGACCUAAUAGGUUAUUACAGUCAUGUUUCUUGUUUACUUAAAGGAGAAAAAUUACUCUAUCCAGUUGCACCACCAGAGCCGGUAGAAGACAGAAGACGUGUUCGAGCCAUUCUCCCCUACACGAAAGUACCAGACACUGAUGAAAUUAGUUUCUUAAAAGGAGAUAUGUUCAUUGUUCACAAUGAAUUAGAAGAUGGGUGGAUGUGGGCCACAGAUCUAAGAACAGAUGAGCAAGGCCUUAUUGUUGAAGACCUCGUGGAAGAAGUGGGCCGGGAAGAAGAUCCACAUGAAGGCAAAAUAUGGUUCCAUGGGAAGAUUUCCAAACAAGAAGCUUAUAAUUUAUUAAUGACAGUUGGCCAAGUCUGCAGCUUUCUUGUGAGGCCUUCAGAUAAUACUCCUGGUGAUUAUUCCUUGUAUUUUCGGACCAAUGAAAAUAUUCAGCGGUUUAAAAUUUGCCCAACACCUAACAACCAGUUUAUGAUGGGAGGCCGAUAUUAUAACAGUAUUGGGGACAUCAUAGAUCACUAUCGGAAAGAACAGAUUGUUGAAGGCUAUUAUCUUAAGGAACCUGUACCAAUGCAGGAUCAAGAACAAGUACUCAAUGAUACUGUGGAUGGGAAGGAAAUCUAUAAUACAAUUCGUCGUAAAACAAAGGAUGCCUUUUAUAAAAACAUAGUUAAGAAAGGUUACCUUCUGAAGAAGGGCAAAGGAAAACGCUGGAAAAAUUUAUAUUUUAUCUUAGAGGGCAGUGACGCCCAACUUAUUUAUUUUGAAAGUGAAAAACGAGCUACAAAACCAAAAGGGUUAAUCGAUCUCAGUGUAUGUUCUGUCUACGUUGUUCAUGAUAGUCUCUUUGGCAGGCCAAACUGUUUUCAGAUAGUAGUUCAGCACUUUAGUGAAGAACAUUACAUCUUUUACUUUGCAGGAGAAACUCCAGAACAAGCAGAGGAUUGGAUGAAAGGUCUGCAAGCAUUUUGCAGUUUACGAAAAAGUAGCCCAGGGACAUCUAGUAAACGCCUUCGUCAGGUCAGCAGCCUUGUUUUACAUAUUGAAGAAGCCCACAAACUCCCAGUAAAACACUUUACUAAUCCAUAUUGUAACAUCUACCUGAAUAGCGUGCAAGUAGCGAAAACUCAUGCAAGGGAGGGGCAAAACCCAGUGUGGUCAGAGGAGUUUCUCUUUGAUGAUCUUCCUCCUGACAUCAAUAGAUUUGAAAUCACACUUAGUAAUAAAACAAAGAAAAGCAAAGAUCCAGAUAUCUUAUUUAUGCGUUGCCAGUUGAGCAGGUUACAGAAAGGACAUGCCACAGAUGAAUGGUUUCUGCUCAGCUCCCAUAUACCAUUAAAAGGUAUUGAACCAGGAUCUCUGCGUGUUCGAGCACGAUACUCUAUGGAAAAAAUCAUGCCAGAAGAAGAGUACAGUGAAUUUAAAGAGCUCAUACUACAAAAGGAACUUCAUGUAGUCUAUGCUUUAUCACAUGUAUGUGGACAAGACCGAACACUACUGGCCAGCAUCCUACUGAAGAUUUUUCUUCAUGAAAAGCUUGAAUCAUUGUUGUUAUGCACACUAAAUGACAGAGAGAUAAGUAUGGAAGAUGAAGCCACUACCCUAUUUCGAGCUACAACACUUGCUAGUACCUUGAUGGAGCAGUAUAUGAAAGCCACUGCCACACAAUUUGUUCAUCAUGCUUUGAAAGACUCAAUUUUAAAGAUAAUGGAAAGCAAGCAAUCAUGUGAGUUAAGUCCAUCAAAGUUAGAGAAGAAUGAAGAUGUGAACACUAAUUUAGCACACCUAUUGAACAUACUUUCAGAGCUUGUGGAGAAAAUAUUCAUGGCUUCAGAAAUACUCCCACCGACACUGAGAUAUAUUUAUGGGUGUUUACAGAAAUCGGUUCAGCGUAAAUGGCCUACAAAUAACACCAUGAGAACAAGAGUUGUUAGUGGUUUUGUUUUUCUUCGGCUUAUCUGUCCUGCUAUCCUGAGUCCACGGAUGUUUAAUAUCAUUUCAGAUUCCCCAUCUCCUAUUGCUGCAAGGACACUGACAUUAGUGGCUAAGUCUGUGCAAAAUUUAGCAAAUCUUGUGGAAUUUGGAGCCAAGGAACCUUAUAUGGAAGGUGUCAAUCCAUUUAUCAAAAGCAAUAAACAUCGCAUGAUCAUGUUUUUAGAUGAACUUGGGAAUGUACCUGAACUUCCGGACACUACAGAACAUUCUAGAACUGACUUGUCUCGUGACUUAGCAGCCCUGCAUGAGAUCUGUGUAGCUCAUUCAGAUGAACUGAGAACACUCAGUAAUGAGCGUGGUGCACAGCAGCAUGUACUGAAAAAGCUUUUGGCUAUAACUGAACUGCUUCAACAAAAACAAAACCAGUAUACAAAAACCAAUGAUGUCAGGUAGCAGCCUGGUGUUCUGCAUGGAUUCAGCACGUCCAACGUGGUAAUUCACAUCACUAUGUCUCCUUUGCUCUUGCCAAAAGAAACAAGAAAGAAACAAGAAAGGAAAGAGAGAGAAAGUAGCACACCUUUCCACAUUCCAGUGAUGUGUGAGCUAUGCAAACAAAAAAACUCAAGAUUCUGCUGGCAAGUAACUGCCAGUACCUUUGUAAGCUAUCUGUGCAGAAUAUUUGCACUUUUUCCACAUGGAAUCUUUACCAAACUCUGAGCCUUGGUGUACAGAUCAACUUUCACAAGAGAAAAAAAAAAGCUGUCUUGAACUUUGAAAAUAUAUUUUCAGUAUAUCCAAUUGCCAAAGUUUUACUGUCUCUUGGAAAAUGAACUAUGAAAUCAACUGACAAGAAAAAUGCAUCCUAUUGACAACAGAAUUUAACUGGAUUGCAGACUUCUUACUGUAAUUUUGUCCUUACGAUUAUGACCAUUUGACUGUUCACUGAAUUUAUUUGUAUUUACAGUUUCCAGAGUUUGACAUUGUAAUAGGAACAAUCUUGCUGUAUACUUUCUAAAAAUACUGUGCUAUUAUUCUUCCUGGAACUGUAAAAGACAAUAUAUAGAAUGGAUGAAUCUAUGCUCAUCAGCUUUAUUUUUUAAACAUACCACUUAUUUUGUUGGAAUUGUCAAAGACUGUAUUUAGAUCUCAUGGUUUUGUUAAAAUGUUUACAAAAGUAAAUAGUUUAAAUUCAAUAAAUAUUAUUGGUCAUUGUACCAAUCAAUGCAUGUUACCCAUUUGACCAUUUUAUAGAUUACUGAUGUCUUUUAUGUUUAAACAAACUGCUAGAAUACUUGUGUCUGUCCUAAGAUGACUUUUUGUUACUGCUCUGGUUAUGCAGACAACCUCCUCAGCCACUUAACAACUUAUACAUCUUUGAACUUGUACUUGUUUCUUCUGCUGGAUAAUUUAGUUUGUAUAGUUUCAUCUGAUCCUGUGUUUGUAUUUUUGUGAAGUAUUCCCAAGGGUUAAGUUAAAAUAAACUGAGGGAUAGCUUGCAUAAUUAAUCAGCUUACUAUUUAACUUCAUUAUAAUUUUCUUCCAUUUUUAGGGAUAGUUCAAGCUUUAAUAACAGGACAAGGCCCAGGAGGAUUUUUAUUGAUUGUUUCUUUCAUAAAGGAUUUUAUUUAUUCAGUCAUUGUACAACUUGUUAAGCAACAUGUCUUAUGCUGAAGACAAGACUUAAAAACGUGUAGCAGAGUAAUCAAAAAUAGGUUUUUUGUUUGUUUAAAAAGAACCAAGGAAGGUAUUAAUAAAAAAAAAUAAAAGUUCCCUCAAUAAGAUGUUUUUCUAAGGCCUAGAGUCUAAAAACAGUUGAUUGCACUCCUCAGAGAUGCUGUAUACAGUGGAAGAUGUUAAAUACUCAAGGGUUUAUUUCCUUUUGCUGAGGAACAAACUGAAGAGGCCUCAAUGUAUUCUUUAGAAAGAUGUUUGUUGUUACCAUUGAGAGAUAUCCCUAGCUUAAAUAUAGGGCUGAAUGCAGCCACACAGGUAAUUUACUGUCCUUAACAAAGCUUCAAUCAGGUUAACUGUGAUAACAAAAACAAAACAAAAUGGGGAAAAAAACAGUAACUCCUCUCACUUCCUUGGUUUCUAAGGUGGAAGGGCUACUGACUGGUUUAUGUAGCUCAGGAUUUUCUCUAAGGCGCUUCAGUUCUUCCUACUAACUGCACUUGAGUGUCAGCUGUGACGGCCCAUUUGGCACUCCUUGGCCAGACACGCUUCUCCUUUAUUUAAUUUAUUUUUUUAAUCAUUUAUUGUAAAAGAAAUUGGAAAGACUUAUCCUCAUUUUUGUGUUUUACUGACAUGUUUGUGUCUUAAAUUGAAGUGGGAAACUUGUCACUUACCUUCAUUGGCCCUGUAGUAGUAGUUAGGUGUUUAGUGGUGAAAUAAAUAAAAUCUUUGAAACAUUUUUUUUUAAUGGGGCUGGGCAGAAGAUUUUCAGAGGUACAUGUGAGACUCUCUGAUGCCAAACUUCAGUGAUUUUAGUGAUCUGAAAGAGACACAGGAGACACACUGUGAGCAUUUGCAAUUCUGUCUGUAGUUGCUUAACUUGAACUAUAUUGGGCAUAUAAGCUUUGGUUUUCAUUCUAUUAUAAAGCAUUGCACUUAAGUUUUAUUCCAGAAUAAAAAAGAAAACAAACCCGAAACUCAAGCCAUAAACAUAUUAGAGAUGAACAUACAGAUGGAGAUAAACAUUAACAUAAAUAUCAGCACGUUCUUAAGACAGAACUAAAAUACUACCUACCCUCCUAGGAAAUGUGUCUUCGAGUAUGGAGAGCUGGGUAGAUUUACAUUUGAGGUAGUAGAGUUUCUCAGAAUUUCUUCAAGCCAGUUUUCCAGGGGAAAAAAAAGGAAAACAAGUCCAAAAGCACCCAAACAAAACACUGGUCUAACAUACAUACCUACCUGAAAUUUGGUCCUAACUACUAUCUACUAGUUAUCACAUUAGGACAGGUAUUCAUACACAGCAAGUACAUAUUAGCAUGCCAAACACUGCUGGGAAUAAUUCUACCAAGAGUAGGCAUCAUCAUUUUCCCCAUUCUUUACUUGGGAAAGUAGCACACUGAGGUACAGUUUACUAAAAUCGUAGAAAAAUAGAGGCAUACCUAAGUAAUUUAAUUCCAUGUUGUGAGUUUUUAUACUAAUUUCAUUUUUAAACUUUUGAAUGUAUUUAAUCUAUAAAUUCCUAGUGACCAUAAUGCCUAUUUUAUAUGGAUUCACUUAGAGAUGAUCAUUUAAUGAUAAAACUGACUAUAAUUUGCUACCACUUAUCUUUAGUAAUUUAAGAUUUUUCUCUAGACUCAAAAAUUACAUUUUAUUUGAACCCAGAUGUCAGUAAAUGCUUAGAAUAAGAUUUAGUGCCUCAGCACUAAAUAACUUGCCCAAUAUACUCUAUAGCUCAUAGUAAUUCAUCCAUAGUUCAGUCUAUUAAAGAAACAUUUUGCAAAGCCAUUUGUAAGACCUUCUGGAGAGUAAAACCUAUUUCCUUAGCACUUCUAAAGUUUACUAUUAUUAAGUUUUGUUUUUCUGUAUUUCUUCUAAACUGAUAGUCUUCUUUAAUUACAUUUUGUUCACAGUAAUACAAGGGAGUGCACCAUAGUUUGAAUUUGGCCACCAUAGGAGGACAUGGUUUGCUACUAGUCUUAGUGAGUUACAAAUAUCCAAAGUAGGUGGCAUUCAGCCUCUUUUGAAGUUAUAUUUUAUAUAAAGCAGUCACAAAGAAAAAAUAUAAUUAGAAAAGUUUAAUAUAUUUUGAUGUUUUACAUUAUACUACUUAAAUGUCAGACAUGCUUCCUACUUCUGUUGCUUCGUUAGCACUGCCGUUGUGACUUCAAAAGGUUAGAGAGAGUCUACCAGGUCAUCAUCAGUCCAUUCCUCCUAGGGGGAAAAAAGGUGGUAAGGAAACAUUGAUGCAGCGAGCAAGUUGUUUGUAUCUUGCUUUAAGAAAAUGCUGAUUGACCACAGUCUACUAUAGAUGUGUUGUUUUGAGAUGUCUCCUGUGGCUGCAGCCAGCCUUGGAUCCUCCUGCCUCCCAAGUACUAGGACUACAGGAGUGUGCUACUAAGUCUGGCACUUGACUGGGAUGGCGUGUACUCAGCCGCUCACUCCAUGCAGUGACAUGAAGGCUAUCUUCUGCCUCUGCUUAUUUAUCUUUGACUUAUAGAAACAAUUUUAAAGCCUGGGGUAAGGUAAGGGAAGAAUCCUUGGAAAAUAGGAGAUUAAAUUUUGCACCACUGCCUUCUAAUAUAGGAAGGAUUCUUCAGGUUUUAGAAUUGGCACAUAACAGUAGUGUAAAAAAAACAAACAAUGUACUCUGUUUCCUGGUCAACACCAUGUGUAACAAGCAACUGCCCCACAUACUCCUGCCCUCUGCCAUGUCUUCCCCUGCCAUGGAUUCUAAUCACCCUCAACUGUUACCCAAAAUAAAUCCUUCAGUUAAAGUUU